AUGCUCAAGAAAAGUGUCGGGGAAAGAAUAAGCCCAACUGAUGCACUAGCUCAUCCGUUGUUCUGGACGAAUAGUAAAAAAAAGGAUUUCCUCGUUGCUGUCGGAAAUCAGCCAGAAUUUGAAUCAUGGCCUUCCAAAAGGAAUUUUCCUGAGACUGAUUUGGAAAGAGACUUGAAGUCGCUCAAGGUUUUUCAAACAGUAGUGAAAUGUGGUUCGUGGGAUGAUUCAAGAAAUAAACUCAUGCCUAAAUUUUACGACGAAAUGAAAACAUGGCGGAAUUACGACACUACAUCUGUCGUGGACUUAGUGCGACUUAUACGAAAUGGCUACUCCCAUUACGACUCGUUGUCACAUAAAGUCAGGAGAAUGCUGUUGACAAACUAUGCUUACUUGGAUUAUUUUCCUGAUCUUGUCAUGGAAGUCUAUAAAGCUGUGACUGUUCGUGGAUGGAAUUCUAGACCUCAAAUCAAAGAUGCCAUGACCAAGCAAGAACACGCAUCGUCACGUGACUUUAAUCACAUUUAA